GUUUGUUAAAUAAUGUUGUUUAAUAAUUAAUAUUAUUUUCACAUUAAAAUCGAAAUGUUUUAUUUAAAUUUAUUGUGUUUAUUAAUAAUUUCUUUUGGAAUUAUUAAUUCUUCACCAGUUCCUAGAGAUGAUCAAUGUCGUGUCUCAAUUAACAAUAAAGAAGAAUUCACUGAGCCACAAGUAUUAAUUCUCCAAACAAAUCUUAAUCAAAAACAUCCCUUCAAGUAUCCAACAACCAAACAGGGUGAUAUUUAUUUUAAAAAAGGUGAAAAAGUUUUACUAUCAUGUCCGGGACCGGAUAAAAUAAAAAAAUUCACUGUACCUGGAUGGCAAAAUCGUACCGAACAAAUUGUCUCAUGCAUUGGAAACAAUCAAUUUGAAGCCGAAAGCAAAAAAUAUGAUUUUAGUACAUUCGCAUGCGCUAAAUAUCCAUACCAUAAUGCAAAAAUCACUGGUAAAAAAUGUGCUGGCGAUAAAACCGAUGUAAUUAUUGGAUUUCGAGUGCAAAAUAAACAAAUUCCACAUAUUUCCGUUUGUCACGAUGAUUUAAAUAUGGCAACAUUAUAUACAUUUUUUAAUCUUACACCAGCGAUUAAAGGAUAUCAACGAAGUUUUCCACGGCCAUCAUUCACCGAAGCUCAAUUCUAUAAUAGAACUACCAUAAAAUUGGACACACUAUAUGCGAAAAAAACUCAACAAGAAACCGUUGGACGAUUAUUAGGUGAUCCAGAAUUAGGCAAAUUUUAUAUUAAAACCUCUGGUGAUUUUUAUUUAGCACGAGGACAUUUAACGGCUAAAGCUGAUUUUAUAUUUGGGGCUCAACAGCGCUCAACAUUUUAUUACAUUAAUACAGCACCACAAUGGCAAAUAUUUAACGCUGGAAACUGGAAUGAUUUAGAAUAUAGUACGAGAAAAUUUUCUGGUGAUCGAAAUGUGGAAUUAGAAGUAUAUUCUGGAACAUAUGAUACAUGUCAAUUACCUGAUAAAAACGGUAAAUCAACGUCAAUAUACUUAUUACUAGAUGAUAAUAAUCGACCAGCUAUUCCCGUUCCAAAAUAUUUCUGGAAAGUUUUAUACAAUCCAAUAACGAAAGAAGGUACCGCAUUUAUUGGUGUAAAUAAUCCGUAUUUCUUUGAUAAUACAACGGAUGUAUUUUGUACGGAUGUAUGUGAUCAAAUUUCAUGGGUUAGUUGGAAUCGAAAAAAUGUAACAUUAGGAUAUGGUUUUUGUUGUGAUGUUAAUGAAUUCCGUAAAACUGUUAAAUAUUUACCAGAAUUUAAUGUUAAUAAAUUAUUAGUGUGAGAAAAAUUGUUGCUAAAGGCGGAUUUCUUCAUAAUAAUGUUAAACCACGAUUAAAUGAGAACGAUACAUACAGAAUGUCUUUAA